AUGUUGGAAACUUUUCUGAGAAAUCAUCCACCAACUUUUAAGGGAAGGUACGAUCCUGGUGGAGCUCAGAAGUGGCUCAAAGAGGUUGAGAGAAUCUUCAGGGUCAUGCAAUGCAGUGAGGUUCAGAAGUGGGAGGGUGAGCUUCCAAUCCUUGAGAACGGAGGAGAAGCUGUGACCUGGGCUGUGUUUAGGAGGGAGUUCCUGAACAAGUACUUUCCAGAAGAUGUCCGUGGAAAGAAGGAGAUCGAGUUUCUAGAAUUGAAACAGGGAGAUAUGUUAGUGACUAAGUAUGCUGCAAGGUUUGUGGAGCUUGCUAAAUUUUAUCCACAUUACACCGCCGAGACUGUUGAGUUCUCCAAGUGCAUAAAGUUAAGAAUGGGCCACAAGAGUAAUGUUUGCAAUGGUGAUGAAAAGAAGUGCUUCCGAUGUGGGAAGAAAGGGCAUACGAUAGCGGAAUGCAAGCGUGGUGAUAUUGUUUGCUUCAAUUGUGACGAAGAAGGCCAUCUUAGUUCGCAGUGCAAGAAGCCUAAGAAGGCUCAGGAAAGGCCAUCUUAG